UUAGGUGUGGCCAAGUAUUCGCUGCUCGGUUGGAGCGACGGUGGGAUCACUUCGCAGAUCAUUGCGGCGGCGAAUCCGCUGAGUGUCCACAAAGUGGUGCUCUUCGCCACCAAGUCGUACAUCUCGGCUGAGGACAAGCGUAUGCUAUUGGAGAUACAGGACGUGAACAAAUGGCAUCCGACAGCACGUCGGGCCUACGAAGAGGUGUACGGCGCCGACCUGUUUGAGCGCUUGUGGACCCAAUACGUGGCCGCCUAUUGUCGAUACGACGAUAUCUGUACCGCCGAUUUGGCGGCCAUUAAACAGCCGACACUAUUACUGUACGGCGAUAUGGAUCCGCUCGUGGAUCCCGAACACCCGAAGUACCUCCUGAAGCAUAUACCGCACGCCCGCAGCCAUUGCUUCCCCACCGGUGUGGACAAGUAUUCACUGCUGGGUUGGAGCGACGGUGGGAUCACUUCAUUGAUCAUUGCGGCCGCGAAUCCGCUGAGUGUCCAGAAACUGGUGGUCUUCGGGGCCAACGCUUACUUGACGGCU